AUGGCGCAACUUCCCAAAACGGAUCUUCCAAAUUCGGAAAUGAAUAAUUUUGGCUCCCAGAUUAUAAACAAUAUUAAUGCCGACGGAGAUAAUGCAAACGACGUUGAUGCAAAGUCACCUGUGCAACAGGGAAAGGUUUGGCAAUCCAUAUGUGAUGAGUUUAACGCUAUUUGUCCAGAUACGUGUAGAAGUGAUAGGGCUAUUCGCAAGAGGUGGGAUAAACUAUUAGAGGAUUAUAAGAGAGUACAGGAUAAUAACCUAAUCGAUGAUCCAGUAUUUAAUGAAGUGUAUGAGAAUAGGAGAGAUAUGGUUGAGAGGCGAGUGCGACGAAGAGAGAUGAGAAAUGAUGGCAUCGAAUUAAUUAGAGAGUUCACGAAGAGAAUCGUGAAGAGAAUCGGGUCUAUCGUAACAG